GAGGGCACGGUAUGCUCAAUCGCGUUUGUCAAAGACACGCUGUUUCCGUACGCUAUCAAAGCUCUACCUCAAGUCCUCGCCACCAAGUGGGAAGAGCCAGAAUUUGCACAAUACCGUGAUGCCUUCCCGGAAGAACACCGCCAGUCACCAGGCGCUUUGCAAGCUCACGUGGAAGACUUGACCAAGCGAGACGUCAAAAUCGCCUACCUGAAAAACCUGCAAGGCUAUCUUUGGGAAACCGGUUAUAAAACCGGUGCCUACGGAACAGAACUGUUCCCGGAUGUGGUCCCUCAGCUUCGGCAAUGGAGAGACUCCGGCUUCGAACUGGCCAUCUACUCAUCCGGCUCCAUCUUUGCCCAGAAGCUGCUAUUUGGACACGUGCAAGUCGCAUCUGGGACAGCGGCGUCAUCUUCUCCUCAUUGGUUUGAUACGACUAAUGCCGGCCUCAAGACCGAGUCGACUAGCUACAGCAAGAUAGCGGAGGCGUUGAAGCGAAAGCCAGAAGAAGUGCUGUUUUUGAGUGAUAACGUGAAGGAGGUUGAUGCUGCGAUCGAAGCUGGCAUGAAGUCCAUCGUGGUUGAUCGGCCUGGCAAUGCACCGCUGGCAGACGCUGACAAGGAAAGACUUCAAAUUGUGACAUCUUUGGCAGACGUCCAUGUCUCUAAAUCGUAG